UCUAACGGUUUCUGUUCCUCCAUUUACACUCUUCCGUUUCCCCUAAAACUAAGAUGUAACGGUCCUAAUAAAUUCAAAAGUGUCUUAAACUCUUUAACCCUACCAUCGCUUUCUUCAAUCAGUUGUUCAUCUUUUGGAAAAGAAAGCGACACACUCAAAACACACGUAAUAAACACAGUAUUCAGUAAAUGCUUCUCCUCUAUUCCCCAGUAUUUCAACAAUUCAACCUACCAAAACCAAUAGAAAUCAAUUGAACAAGAUUGGGGUUGUGUGAGUGUGAGUGUGAGGGGAGAGAAAAAUGGAUUUCAUUUCAUUUCUGACGUCUUUAGUAACGUCGUUGAUCAUCUUCGUCGUGUUGAUGUUGUGUUUUGCCUGGCUUUCGAGGAAACCCGAAAACCACGAAAUUUACUACCCAAAUCGUAUUCUUAAGGGUUUGGAUACCAGUUCAAGGACUCGUAACCCGAUUUCAUGGAUCAAGGAAGCUAUUUCAUCCAAAGAGAAUGAUAUUAUAUCUGUUUCUGGUGUUGAUACUGCUGUCUAUUUCGUCUUCCUUUCCACUGCUUUCUCAAUGAUGGUUAUGGCUGGAAUUGUGCUACUUCCAGCUCUUUUGCCUGUUACAAUCACUGAUCACAGUGUUAAAUUCAAUAACACCACAAGCAAUGGAACAUUUAGUGAGCUCGAUAAGUUCUCCAUGGGACACAUUGGACAAAAAAGUCCGAGAAUGUGGGUGCAUUUGGUAGCUGUUUAUUGGGUUUCUCUGGUUACAUAUUACCUCUUAUGGAAGGCAUAUAAACAUGUUUCUGAAAUAAGGGCCGCAGCUCUGAUGUCUUCUGAAGUAAGAGCAGAAGAAUUUGCCAUUCUUGUAAGAGAUAUACCCCUUCUUCUGGAAGGUGAAACCAGGAAGGAACAAGUUAAUUCAUAUUUCAAGGCCAUUUAUCCAGAUACGUUCUACAGGUCAAUGAUAAUAACAGACAAUUCAAAGGUCAAUGAGAUCUGGGAGGAGUUAGAGGGAUAUAGAAAGAAACUUGUUCGUGCUGAAACAGUUUAUGGGCAAUCAAAAACAAUUGGUAAACCCGAAGGAGUAAGGCCCAUGAACCGCAUUGGCUUCCUUGGUCUUUUGGGAAAGAAGGUAGAUACCAUAGAAUACUGCAAUGAGAAGAUAAAUGAACUUAUCCCGAAGUUAGAAGCUGAGCAGAAAGAUACUUUAAGAGACAGACAGCUUUCUUCUGCACUCGUCUUCUUUUCGAGCACGGUGGCUGCCGCUUCUGCUGCUCAGAGUAUACAUGCCCGAAUGGUGGACACUUGGACAGUAGAGGGUGCUCCUGAACCACGCCAACUGAUUUGGAGUAACCUUUCUCUCCAUUAUUAUGCCAGGGAAGUACGCAAGUACGUUGUGUACAUUAUCGUUGCAUUAAUGAUUUUCUUUUAUAUGAUUCCGAUAAGUAUUAUCUCAGCAUUUACAACAAUGGAGAAACUUGUGAAGCUUCUUCCUUUCAUAAAACCUGUAGUCAAAAUAGUUCCAGUUCGAACUGUAUUGGAAGCUUAUCUUCCUCAACUUGCCCUCAUAAUAUUUUUGGCUUUGCUUCCCAAGUUACUCAUGUUUCUGUCAAAAGCCGAAGGUAUUUCUUCAGAGAGCCAUGCAGUGAGGGCUGCAUCUGGCAAAUAUUUCUACUUCAUAGUGCUGAAUGUUUUCAUUGGAGUGACCCUUGGUGGAACCCUGCUUGGCAAUUUCAAGGACAUGGAGAAGGGCGGUUUACAAAAAGUUCCUGAAAUACUUGGGAAGGGCCUUCCGGAUAAUGCAACCUUCUUCUUGACAUAUGUGGCUCUCAAAUUUUUUGUAGGGUAUGGGCUGGAGUUGUCAAGAUUGGUUCCACUUAUUAUAUUCCAUCUAAAAAAGAAGUACCUUUGCAAGACAGAAGCUGAAGUGAAAGAAGCUUGGGCUCCUAGUGAUUUUGGAUAUGCAACAAGGAUUCCUGGUGACUUGCUUAUCCUCACAGUUACCCUAUGUUACUCUGUUAUUGCACCACUUAUCAUUCCAUUUGGUGCUGUCUAUUUCGGCCUUGGAUGGCUCGUCAUGAGGAAUCAGGCGCUGAAAGUCUAUGUUCCAUCAUUUGAGAGCUAUGGGAGGAUGUGGCCUCAUAUGCAUUCAAGAUUUGUUGCAGCAUUAGUGCUUUAUCAAGUUACCAUGCUAGGUUACUUUUCAGCGAAAAAGUUCAUCUACGUUUUUCUUAUCAUCCCACUUCCUAUAAUUUCCCUCAUCUUUGCGUUCGUCUGUAACAAGAAGUUCUAUGGCGCCUUCAAACACACAGCUCUUGAAGUUGCAUGCCAUGAAUCCAAGGAAACUCCAAAUGUUGAACGUGUGUACAGGUCAUUCCUUCCUCCAAGUUUGACCUCUGAUAAGCUAGAUGCUGAUCAUUAUGGAACUGCUUAGUCUCUAAUUUUGGUUUUUGGUGUUUGUUUGAUGUACAUUUAUCUCUUUUGUUCUUUCAGUUCCACUAGCUGUGUAGUGUUUUGAAGGUAUUGAUAGUUUUGCAUUAGGAGGUGUUGAUUUGUGUAUAUAACUAUUUCUAGAACCUUCAGUUAUAGUUGGAUCAAUUUCGUUGUAACCUUCUGUUAGUUGGAUCAAUUUUGUGGAAUUUGAAUUUCAUAAUUUUUCCUGAAA